ACUCCCUGGAUGGUAGCACCAGCAGUGAUGAUGACAUCCGUGAAGAAAAAGCAAAGUAUAAUAACAUAAACUCCUUAGGAUGCUUAUACAACUUCUCAAGCGAAGUACUCAAGUUGAGUGUAAUUUCAUACUACUUUUGGACAUCCUUUUGCUACAUAGCUGGAUCGAUCAUAUUUAUAUGUGGUUAUACAACCUUCUCCUUGAGAAUACAUGAUCAAAUUGUGUGCGCAGCUUCGUCCAAUGUGUAUGUCUUUUCAUCCUUGUGGUUACUUAUUGGCAUGAUUUCUGUGUCCACAUGCAUAUGCUACGCUAUGGCCCUGGAUGGGGAAGGGAAUCAAAUACAGGCAGGAAAAAAUUCUCCUUUAUUUUUGAACUUAUUGGGCAUCCUGUGUAAGACCAUCCCAACCAUUGUCCGCGUAAUUCACAUUUUUAAUUUAUUUCAACUCUACGUAAUGACCAUCGAUGUUAUGAUUUUACCUGAAUGCAAUUCUUUCAUUGUGCGAUUUGUUUUAUUUCUUGUUCAUAUAUUUUGGUGGACGAUUGUUAUUUUGGGGAUUGUCUCCAGGAGGAAGAUAUUCUUACCUCCUCAUUUGUACAAACCGAUAACGAACGAUGUGGGGUAUGCUGUUCAUGUGAAUAACUUGUUGCACUCUUUUGGGCUAU